UGCGCGGUGCCGACCAGGUGGACUGAAAGGGGCGGAGGUAACCAGCUGCGGCCAGUGGUGGCCGUGCGCAGUCCCCCGCCCCCUCCACGCAACGCUCGCGACACGCGCGCCUGGAGAGGGCACGGGCGGCGGGGCUAUCUGUCUUCCGAGCUCGGGCACCACUACCAUCUGCUGCUCUGCGAGGAGUCUGCGUGUUCCCCGCUGCGCUCAGCUCCACGCCGGACACUAUGGAGGCGCAAGCACAAGGCUUGUUGGAGACGGAGCCACUGCAAGGAAGAGAUGGGGAUGCAAUAGGCACUGCUGACUUCUCUAGCAUGCUCUCUGAGGAGGAGAAGGAAGAGCUAAAGGCAGAAUUAGUUCAGCUAGAAGACGAAAUCACAACAUUACGGCAAGUUUUGUCAGCAAAAGAAAGACAUCUGGUUGAGAUCAAACAGAAACUCGGCAUGAACCUGAUGAACGAGUUAAAGCAGAACUUCAGCAGGAGCUGGCACGACAUGCAGACCACAACUGCGUACAAGAAAACGCACGAAACCCUGAGCCACGCAGGGCAGAAGGCAACAGCAGCUUUCAGUAAUGUGGGAACUGCCAUCAGCAAGAAGUUUGGCGAUAUGAGGUCCUCCAUCCGCCAUUCCAUAAGCAUGCCUGCCAUGAGGAAUUCUCCUACUUUCAAAUCAUUUGAGGAGAGGGUUGAGACAACUGUUACAAGCCUCAAGACGAAAGUAGGCGGGACAACCCACAGUGGUGGCAGUUUUGAGGAGGUCCUGAACUCCACAGCACAUGCCAGCUCCCAGAAUGCUACAGCAGGCCCCCGGCAGACCAAGGAUGAGGAGCUACAGUGCUAGGUCCAGCCUGGGCUGCUGCCAGUCAAUCUGCCUGCUCAUCCCCUGAUUUGAAGACCAAAAUCCCACUGGGAAUCCCAAGUGUUGAUAUUGUUAUUUAAAUGGGGUCUCCGAAAAGUUUAAUAAAAUUAUUUCCACUUGCA